GAGUAUGAACCGGAUAAUCCUCCUUGAAUACUAUCUGCAUCCAGACUACACUUGCCUUUUUAAGAGAGAAGUGGAACAACCCGUAAAUAGAGUAUAGAGGGCAAAGCCCCUAUCAAGUGUACGACUCUCCAUACAUCUGAUCCUUUUAAAUGCCUGACACUGAAAACCUUCAUUAAAGGAGUGAAUCUUCCAGCCCCACAGAGAGCUGCCUUUCAGCUGGAAGAAGGGUGUGUCCCUGAGCUUUUACCUGGGAGCAAUGAUGAUCUUGUCAAGCAUUUCAGUGAGACCAGCCCAAGUUUUUAGGGUGGGGAUAUAGACUGGUUAUACGUAGCUUCAGUUCUUCUCCCAGAGAAGGCAGAAACACCUCAAAGCCUGCAUGUAAGAACAUCUACUGAGAAAUUAUUUUAAUCAGACACCAGCUGAGUGGGGGAAAGAAAAAGAACAGAGAAGAACAAACAAAACUCCCUCGGUCUCGGAUGUAAGAGAACCCAGCUGCAAUGGACUGGCACUCUUUUAGAGCAGCCGCAGUGCUGUUCAUUUUUCUGGUGGUGGUGGAAGUUAACAGUGAAUUUCGAAUCCAGGUAAGAGAUUACAACACCAAAAAUGGUACCAUCAAGUGGCAUUCAAUCAGGAGGCAAAAACGUGAAUGGAUCAAGUUUGCUGCAGCCUGUCGUGAAGGUGAAGACAAUUCAAAGAGGAACCCAAUUGCCAAAAUUCACUCAGAUUGUGCUGCAAACCAGCAAGUUACAUACCGCAUCUCUGGAGUAGGAAUUGAUCAGCCACCUUAUGGAAUCUUCAUCAUUAAUCAAAAAACUGGUGAAAUUAAUAUUACAUCCAUAGUUGAUCGAGAGGUCACCCCUUUUUUCAUUAUCUAUUGCCGAGCUCUUAAUUCACUGGGUCAAGAUUUAGAGAGGCCUCUUGAGCUCAGAGUCAGGGUUUUGGAUAUAAAUGACAACCCUCCAGUAUUCUCUAUGUCUACUUUUGUAGGACAAAUAGAAGAAAAUUCUAAUGCAAACACGCUGGUGAUGAGACUCAAUGCUACUGAUGCAGAUGAACCAAAUAAUUUGAACUCAAAAAUAGCCUUCAAGAUCAUAAGACAGGAACCUUCUGAUUCACCAAUGUUUAUUAUCAACAGAAACACUGGAGAAAUCCGAACAAUGAAUAAUUUUCUAGACAGAGAGCAAUAUAGCCAGUAUUCCCUUGCUGUGAGAGGCUCAGACCGAGAUGGUGGGGCAGAUGGUAUGUCAGCAGAGUGUGAGUGCAACAUUAAAAUCCUUGAUGUUAAUGAUAACAUCCCAUACAUGGAACUGCCUUCGCAAUCCAUCAGUAUUGAUGAAAAUGCUCUAUACUCAGAUUUGCUCCAGAUUAGAAUAAUCGAUUUGGAUGAAGAGUACUCAGCUAACUGGAUGGGAGUAAUUUUCUUUAUCUCUGGAAAUGAGGGAGGUUGGUUUGACAUAGAAAUGAAUGAAAGGACAAAUGUGGGAAUUUUAAAGGUUAUUAAGCCACUAGAUUAUGAAGAUGUGAAGAGUCUGCAACUUAGUCUUGGUGUCAGAAAUAAAGCUGAAUUUCACCAUUCAAUUAUGUCUCAAUACAAACUCACAGCAACUGCAAUCACUGUGACUGUGUUAAACGUAAUUGAAGGUCCGGUGUUCCGUCCAGGUUCAAAGACAUAUGUAGUAACUAGUAACAUGGGACAGAAUUAUAAAGUGGGAGACUUUAUAGCUACUGACCAGGACACAGGUCGAGCUUCAACAACUGUUAGAUAUGUAAUGGGAAAUAAUCCAGCUAAUCUACUCGAUGUUGACUCAAAAACAGGCAUAAUUACUUUGAGAAAUAGAGUUACCAGGGAACAGUAUAACAUGCUUGGUGGAAAAUACCAAGGAACAAUUUUAUCUAUAGAUGAUACUCUUCGAAGAACUUGUACUGGAACAAUUAAUAUUGACCUUCAAGGUUCUGGCUGGGUUGAGAAUGGAAAAGUUACUGAUAGCACCAGUACUGGAAGCAGUGAGGGUAGUAGUACAGCUGGUGGUGAGGUUACUGGCACUGGAAGUGUGAAUGGAGCUGAUACCAGUUCUAACACAGGUGACAAAACUUACUCUGACGUCACUGGGACCAUGCCAUUGGAUAAUGGCUUUGAAGAAUCAAAGUUCUCAGAUAAUGUCCAUUUUGGUCCUGCCGGCAUCGGACUGCUCAUCAUGGGCUUCUUGGUCCUAGGAUUGGUCCCAUUUUUGUUGAUGUGCUGUGACUGUGGAGGUGCCCCUGGUGGGGGAGCUGGCUUUGAGCCUGUCCCCGAAUGUUCAGAUGGAGCAAUUCACUCAUGGGCAGUAGAAGGCCCACAGCCGCCUCCCGUAGAUGUGACCACUGUCUGUGUACCACCCAUACCCCCUGAUAAUGCAAAUCUAAUUGAAUGCAUUGACACCUCAGGGGUUUACACAAAUGAGUAUGGUGGCAGAGAAAUGCAAGAUCUGGGAGGAGGAGAAAGAACAACAGGAUUUGAACUAACAGAAGGAGUUAAAACAUCAGGAGUACCUGAGAUAUGUCAAGAAUAUUCUGGAACAUUAAGAAGAAAUUCUAUGAGAGAAUGUAGAGAAGGAGGUCUGAAUAUGAACUUCAUGGAAAGCUACUUCUGUCAGAAAGCAUAUGCCUAUGCAGAUGAAGAUGAAGGACGCCCAUCCAAUGACUGUUUGCUCAUAUAUGACAUUGAAGGUGUAGGUUCCCCUGCUGGCUCCGUGGGUUGUUGUAGCUUCAUUGGAGAAGACGUGGAUGACAGCUUUUUGGACACACUGGGGCCUAAAUUUAAGAAGUUGGCAGAUAUCAGCCUGGGAAAAGAAGUUGAACCAUAUCCAGACCCUGAUCCCUCUUGGCCACCUGAGAGCACCGAACCGAUUUGCCCUCAGCAGGGAACAGAGCCCAUCAGUGGUGGACACCCACCCAUCUCCCCACAUUUUGGCACCACCACAGUCAUUUCUGAGAGCACCUACCCCUCAGGACCUGGUGUACAGCAUCCUAUGCCUAUUCCUGAUCCUCUGGGCUAUGGUAAUGUCACUGUGACCGAGUCUUACACCACCUCUGGCACUCUGAAGCCCUCUGUCCAUGUUCAUGAUAAUCGACACGCAUCAAACGUAGUGGUGACCGAGAGGGUUCUAGGCCCAAUCUCUGGCACUGAUUUGCAUGGAAUGUUAGAGAUGCCUGACUUGAGAGAUGGGUCAAACGUUAUAGUCACAGAAAGAGUAAUAGCACCAAGUUCAAGUCUACCCACCUCUUUGACCAUGCCUGAUCCUAGAGAGUCAUCAAAUGUGGUAGUGACAGAAAGAGUAAUCCGACCAGCUUCUGGCAUGAUGGGCAAUCUAAGUAUACACCCUGAGUUAUCAAAUACCCAAAAUGUGAUUGUGACAGAGAGAGUUGUUUCUGGCUCUGGCAUAAGUGGAAUUAGUGGCCCAGCUGGGAUGAGCGGAGGCAGUGGCCUGGUUGGCAGUGCAGGUGGAGUAAGUGGUGGUGGCAUGGGGCUGAGCAGCCUGGGGGGAGGUGGGGGCCUGAGUAGUGGCAUGGGGGGCACAGCAACCAUUGGUCACAUGAGGAGCUCCUCUGACCAUCACUUUAGCCAGACUCUUGGAUCUGCCUCCCCUAGUACAGCCCGAAGUCGAAUCACAAAGUACAGUACAGUACAAUACACGAAGUAGCCAGGAUCCCAACACACUUGUUCUCAGUAGUGGUGAUUUAGAUUCAACUCCCACCACCAAAAAACUAACAGUGUGAUUUAAGAUGCACAACCUGGUGCUAAGUAACUGUGGAGUGAGGUGAAAAACCACAAUGAGAAAAACAGAUGGAAUGAAACAGUGUUGUUGGGCAAGAGCUCUCCUUAGCAUUUGUAAAUUUUUUUCUUCCAUUAAUAGUAAUGUAAUCAUGACAGUGAAUUAAAACCUGAGACAGGGUCUUCUUUGUGCCUGUAUGGCCUGUAGGGUCUUCUUUGCUUCUGUGUGGCCAGUCCUGUACCUCCAGCACAUGGAAUAAAUUAAACUCAGUCAUGCAAAAGCACUGGCCUUAAGAUGGCUAUUGGCACCAUUCUCCUUGCUCUGUUUUGAUUUGCCAUGUAGCUCAGGCAAUAUUCAAAAAGGACUAAACAUGUAAUAUGAGCUCACAUAUGCAGGAAGAAUUUGAAAUAUGUGCCAAGUACCUGGGCAAUUUCACAGAUAAUAGAAAUAAAAAUCCAAUCAUAUAUUCAGACCAUAAUUAACCAUUAAAGAAAACAAAUAUGGCUACACAACCCAGUUCACAGGCCACCAAGCACUCCUACCCUAAUAAUUGCACUAGAUAAAAUAAACCUCAAAUUAGGAAAUGUUUCCUGGGAGGAAAUUUCCAUAAGAGAAUGGCAAUAGGGUGAGAUUCAUUUGGGGAAAAUUGACAAUGUCUGAACCUGAAUCUUGAGAAGGGGCUUCAGUUAAAUUUCCUAUGGUGUCAAGGAGUUUUCUGAUUCUAGUUUGUGUUUAGUAGUGGAUGCAGUAUUUAUGAAUAUUGCAUGCCGGUGAGGUUGCAGGAUAUCACACUCAUUUUUUUCCUUAUCACUGUGGCUCUGACCUAACAGUGUAAACUUGCCAAGUGUACUUUUCUGACUGAAGCAAGUGACACCUGACCUGGUUGUCAUCCCUAAUGGUAAAUUACCUUCCAAAGAAGCAGAUGGAAAUCACAUUGUAUUUUCAGAUGUGUAUUUAGUAAGUGUUAUUCAUCCAUAUCCAGCUCUUUAUUAUACAUCACUGAAGUUAAAAUAAUUUACCUAAGCUGAGCUGUGAAAAAAAAAAAAAAACCUGCAGUAUGGUUAAGCUUUGGGGGAAUUUUUUUUAAGGGAAUCUAAAAAAAGUUUUUAGAACAUGUAAAAUGUUUAAUGGGAAAAGUUAGAAUUGUUCUGUAAAGUAAUACCGUACUAUUAGCUUUAAUUGAGUUUAGCACUUUUUUAAACAACCCUCUGCUGCUAUUUUAAAGGGGUCAACUAAUAACUUUUAACAGAGUUGAUGGUAUUGUGUUAACACAAAUGAAAUUGUACUAGACAACCCCAUAGCCUUACUCUAUCUCACUCCCUAACUAAAUUUUCUCACUAGAAUAAAUCUUACAUUCCUGAUUUGAUUUGUCAAUAAGCUCUUGGCUUAUACAAUGCUCCAAUUUAUAGAUAGUUCCCAAAUUAUAUAGUAUGAUAUAUUUUUCUAGCUUCAAAAUUUAAUAAUGUAUUAUUUAUGAUAUGUCAUUUCUAUGUGUUUGCUAUAUAGUAUUUCCUGGUUUAAAAAAAUCUCUAAAUAGAAUCAAAGCAUUCUUAGGGGUAAAUUUACUAUGGCAAAGUAGAGGAAUUUUUUUCUCUUUUCUAAAUUCAGUGUUAAUAUGAGCUCACUAAAGUGAAACUGGAUAUGACAAAAUCUUUUAAGGAUUAUUCCCCGCCAAUUACUCAAAUUUCCCAGGGUGUUACAAGAUCAAAGAAUAGUCAUUCAACUUCCAACACUUAUCAAAGGGGGCUAGGGAGUGAACUAUUUUAUUAGAGCUAUUUUGCUCUAUGUUACAGCAGAUGAUGUCAAUAUUUUCAAAGCCACAAUAUACAUCUUAUUUUAUGUCUGUAGACUAUGUGAAAUUUUGAUAGUCUGUAGCAUGUCCAAAUGCAGAGGUAUAAAUAAAGUCAUUCACAGGGACUCCUUCUUUUAUUUCUUUCUCUCCCAUUUGGAGAGGGGGGUUCCAUUAAUGAUGGAUAAUCUUUACAGAAAUAAAGUCAAAAGGUAUUUAUUGAAAUACAUUUGAGUAUGCUGGACCCAGGAGUUUGAAGGAAUAAAAAUAACUAUUAGUUAAUUCAUUAAUGGGAAUGGUAUUUGACCACAAGUAGCUUAUGUAUCACUUUGACUUAUCAUCAGAAGUGUUCUUUAAAGACUCCGGAUAUCUUCCAAAAAAGGUUUUUAAGUUGUCUAACAAAUGCCAGAGUGACCAUCUUCAAUAACUGUUGUUAUUAAGAUUGAUUAGUAAAAAACCAUGGAAGAUAUAAAAAGUGACAGUAUUAGUUGUCAAUCCUCCCAGAAAGAUACUCUCAAAUAAAUUUUUUGUCAGGAUUAUACACUGAUGUUUUAACUCUUUAUUCUUAAAUUUUAAAAUUAUCUUUUUAAGAUACAACCCUCACAAUCAUUUAAAGGCAUGUCAUUUUUUCAAUAAACAACCUUUGGGCAGAAAUCAAUUCUUCUCUCUAAAUCUUUUACUCCAACUCAUGGACCUUAGGUCAUUCUACAGACCUAAGAUAUGGAAAUUAUUUUAUAAGUAGUUAUAAUUCAAAUAUAUAUUGCAAGCUGAAUCUCAGAUCAACAUGCUCUUAACAAAAGGGAGAAGGAAGAAAUAGUAAUUUAAAUGUUAUGUGUAUAUAGUUUGAAAACAAAGUGUUUAAUGCUUAUAAAACAUCUGAUGUUAUAAAGAGGUGGUCUUUAGGGUAAAAAAAUUAGUGUAUCAUAAAUACUUUAUAAUUUAAUAUAACCAAAAUACCAUCUUGAGCUAAUUUUGACAUUGAAUUCCAGAUAUAUCUGCUACAUCUUAUUAGCCUCUAUGUAUAUUGCCUGAUGUAACUAUGUGCACUAAAGAUCUGCAGAAAAAUUAUCUAUCUGGAGAUACAGACAGGCCUUCAUCUGGAUAUCUCUUCUACAUUGAUGUAUAGUUUUUAGCCUUAUAAUCUCCAUUCAAUGUAAUUUCCUGACAGAAUUUUAAUUAUAUAGCUUCAAAAAUUACAUAUUCGCUCUAACUGAAUGUUUUUAGUUAUAUACACAAUUCAUUUCUGAAUUUAUACCAACAUCUGAAGGUCAACCAGGGUAUAACACAUAUGAUACCCUCUGACUAGAGUAGGAAAUAAAAGGUUUUAUAAUCAUUGGCUGAAAUAGCCAAUAUAGGAAAAACAUUUGAAACCCAAAACAAAUUUCUAGAAGUAUUUGCCACAUUUUCCCAUGCCUAUUUAAUAAAUUCUAACCUUUUGUAGGAUUUCCAGUAUUUUAAAGACUUACUUCCCUUUGCUCUGCAAUACAUCAGUCCACGUAGAUUACUAGUCCCCAUGAAAUAGAAUCUGCCUCUCAGUUCUAGAUUGUUCAAUUUAUGUUAGGACAAAAGCAUGAAUAGAUAAACCUAUUAACCUUCAAAGAAUUUUGAAACAAGAAAUAAUCUAUUGUUUAACUGUCUGUAUUCCUUCCAUUUAGUUAUAUUUGAAUUACUGAACACUUUAUCAUCAAGUGGUACCUAGUCUAACUUAUUUUUCUUUUGCUAUUUUACAAGUAUUUUUAAACUCUGAUAUUCAUCUUUGGUGAUGUUUAAAACAAGGUGCUUUUUUCAGAUUUCGGUAUAAAACUCUUGGCUUAUUUGGGUGCUAGUUCCUUACUUGGUCCUCCGUUGGCUCUUUUAAGUUGGUUUGUAAUUUCCGAAGGCUUAUGUUUACAGCAAUAAAAUGAUUGGUAUGCUUCCA